UCUAAUGGUGGUUUCAAUUUGAUAUCAUAUAAAUGGCUUACUGAUUUUAGCCCAGUUUUUGUAGUUCUUGCUCAGUUCAUCUUUUAUCUUUCUAAUCUUAAAUUUCAUCCUUCAUCAGAAACAUUCUGGAUUUCGU